AUGACGGUGCUAGCCAACGGUGAGGAUAACGGUGCGAUGGAUUCGACGGUGGCAUUUAACGGCUUUCAUCAUGGCCACAACUCCGGGUCGGAGGCGGCUCGGCCGGGGAUAUCGUCGAUUGAGAGCUCGACUACUACGAGUGAGGAGGAGUUUGGGGCGGAUUUAUCGCUUUCGAGGCAGAAGACGGUUACUGCGCAGUCUUGUCGCGAUGACUACCAGCCGUCGACACCACCAUCGUCGUUUUCUCAACCAACACCAUCGACGCCACCCCUCACACCUAAGUUUACUACCCAUGUCGUCAAAUCAGAGCAAAAUGAGAGGAAACACCAUCACCUUCGCCACCACAAACAAUUCACCACCCCGAUCUUCACCCCCUCGUUGACAACAUUUGACCGGCACAAUCCCCUCGCCACCUCGUCCCCGUUCUUCGGAUUUUACACCCUGUUUUGGAUGUCGGUUUUUUUGUUCGUGGUCAAGAUUGGGGCGGAUAACUGGAGGGAAUAUGGCAAUGUGCUUGGGACGCAUGAGAUCCUGUCGACGAUGUUUGCUCCUGGGAAGGAGGUGGUGGUGUUGGGUCUGGCGGACGGGGUGAUGUGUGGGUUGACUGGGGUUGGCUUAGUUAUACAACGGGGGGUGGUGUUGAGGAGGGGGGUGAAUUGGGAUGGGUCCGGGUGGGUGGUUCAGCAUGUUUGGCAGACGGGGUUUAUGGCUGGGGUGGUGGGUUUUACUCUUUGGAGGGGGUGGCCGUGGACGCAUACGGUUUUUUUUGUUAUGCAUGGGGUUGUGAUGGUGAUGAAGAUGCAUAGUUUUGGGUUUUAUAAUGGUUAUUUGUCUGGGUUGUGGAAGAGGAGGGAGGGGCUGAAGGGCAGGGUGGAGAGGUUGGAAAAGGGGGUGAUAACUGAGGGAGUUGCUAGCUCUGUUGAGAAGGCGAAUAACACCGCAACAACAACUCGAAGACGGCAUGGGGAAGGGGAAGAAACUGAUACGCUCAAGGAAGUCAACAUGCUCAAAAGUGAAAUCGAGGCUCUUACUGAGGAGCUCAAGGGCAAGGCAACAGAUCCGUCGAGGGCAUACCCGAAUAACCUCACCGUCUGGAACCACUACGAGUACAUUGUCUUCCCGACGGUGGUCUACGAACUCGAAUACCCCCGCUCCAACAAAAUCAACGUCUACUACGCCCUCGAGAAACUGGUCGCCUGCUUCGGCAUCAUCUUUGUCAUGAUCAUGAUCUCCCAGGCCUUUAUCUACCCGGUCGUGAUGCAGACUCUGGAGAUGAAGGCGCAGAACAUGCCCCUGGCCGAACGGUUCAAGCAGUUUCCCUGGAUGCUGCUGGACCUGAUCUUCCCGUUCAUGAUGGAGUACCUGCUGGUGUGGUAUCUGAUCUGGGAGACCAUCUUGAACUUUUUAGCCGAGAUCACGUACUUUGCCGACAGGAGCUUCUAUGAUGCGUGGUGGAACUGUGUGAGCUGGGAUCAGUUUGCGAGGGACUGGAACAGGCCGGUGCAUAAUUUCCUGCUGAGGCAUGUUUAUCAUAGCUCCAUCUCGGCGUUCAAGGUCAACAGGCAUACGGCGACGCUGAUUACGUUUGGGCUGUCGGCUUGUGUGCAUGAGCUGGUGAUGUGGUGUAUUUUCAAGAAGUUGAGGGGGUACUUGUUGGUGUUGCAGAUGUGCCAGUUGCCGUUGGUGAGGUUGAGUAGGACUAGAUGGCUCAAGAAUAGAGCAACGCUUGGGAAUAUGAUAUUCUGGCUGGGGAUAUUCACUGGGCCGAGUGUGCUGUGUAGUCUGUAUCUAAUUCUGUAAAUUUGUUUAUGUCAGCAGCAAUGGAAUCAUUAGUAGAGAGAGUUGUUUGCGGUUGUUCCUUUG